GCCUACGAGCUCACACGUAUCACGGCACUUCGCUGUGAUCGGAACGCGAUUCUUUCGAUCGCGGGUGUCACACGAUCUCCGCGAAAUACUGGUCGAUCAAAUAUCAUCGCAUGUAUCCGGUGAUUUUUUUCGUCGGCGGUCGCGCCCUCAAACCUCGUUUUGGAUUAUGAUUUUCUAUUUUUUUUUACUCAAACGACGAUGAUCUCGUCACGAUAGUGUGAUAUCAUCAUUAUCGUGCCCAAAUAGAUCUGCCGACGAGAAAAAUCACAAUAAUAUCAGUGUGUAAUAGUGUAAUACGACCACCGCCGGUAGAGGUGGCGGGUCGGGCAAGGGGAUCGUACCCCGAGAGUUCGCGUCGCGGGCGCAAGCGCGAGUCGUCCGUCGUCGGGUGGCGUUACAGUCGUCGGUAGCGCUGUAUAUAGGUUAUACGCGUAUAGCGCGCGGGCUGUUGUGCGAUCGCGCGAUUCACGGACUACACGGGUACUCGGGAACGGUGGAGGAGAAGGACGACGGCGAUUCGGCAAAAUAGAUCGUCACCGAAAACGGGUACAGGAGGUUAAUAAUAUCAUUAUUGUACCAGAAAAAUCGUGUAGGUGAUACGGACAGAGCGGAUUGAUUGCGUUCGCGUAGGUUUAUAGGCGAUAUAAAAACAACGACAGUAAUAAUAAUAUUUUUCAUCCCCCAACGUGCGCGUUCCGCGUAGUAUAUCGUAUGAUAAUAAUAUAGUCGCACUGCCUACGUAAUAAUAAGCAAUAACAAUAUCAUACCUCCACGUCAUGGCGGGUGUUUGACGAUCACAACGACACGACAACGGAUAUCGUACAGCAGCGGACAUAGGUCGUCGGAUCGUCGGAUCACUGGAUCGUUGUCUUCGCCGUCGUCGAGAUGCAACCUCCUCCCAGGAAGGGGAAUUAUGUUAAGUUUUUAAAAAAUCUUCACUCGGAACAAAUAGCAAAAUUACUCUUAAAAAACCAAAACGAAUGCGAUUUGUUGGAAGACAUAAGGAGCUUUUUGAUCAAAAAAUCUUCUAUAGAAAAAUCAUAUUCCGAUGCAUUGCUUAAAAUAUCUGUUGCUUUUUUGAACAAGAAAAUUGCUAACAUACCGGACAUAAAGACUGAAGGCAGCGAAGAAAAAUGGAAUAUGUGGAAUGUGUGGCGAACAGUUCUCGAAGAAAACGAAACGGCUGCAAAAGCACGAUUAGAAGCUAUCGAAGUAUUACAAAACCAAAUAAAUGACGAGGCGAAAGCUCUUCGAGCGCAUAAACUUCAGAUUGCAAAAAAAUGUACAGAUCAUUUAGCAUUGGUACAAAAAGAGCUUCAUUCUUCCGUCCAAGAUGUAGAUAAAACGAAAAAGUUUUAUUUCGACGAAGAACAGAGUGCUCAUGAAGUGAGAGACAAGGCUAAGGAUAUAGAAGAAAAGUUAAAGAAAAAAAAAGGCUCGUUCUUCCAGUCAAUCACUUCUUUACAAAAGAACAGUGUGAAAGUGUCUUCCAGAAGAGAAGUUUUGGAAGAGAAAUCGUCGGGAGCUAGAAACGAUUAUUUACUGAGUCUGGCAGCUGCAAAUGCUCAUCAGACGCGAUACUUUUUGGUUGACCUUCAAAAUGUAAUGAAUACUAUGGAACACAAUGUUUAUGAAAAAGUACAAGAAUAUUUGGCAUUGCUAAGUAAAAUCGAGCUCCUUACGUGUACUGUUGUUCAUAAUUCUUUCAAGAAAGUCAGAGACCAAGCGCAACAAUUGAGUAGAGAGUACAACAUGCAAUGCGUAUACCUCUUCUAUCCCGUAUUGAAGCAACACGUUCAAUACCAAUUUGAACCUUGUGACGGAGACGGAAUAGAUCACAUUACAGCAGAUCACGGUGGAGUGGUGACUAUACUUAGCCAAGAAGCCAAAAGAUGGGCUACAAGAAUAAUUAGAGAGACGAAUAACAUCAAAGAAAACACUAGAAAACUACAGGUCUUCCAAGCUCUCAGGGAUUCUGGACAAAAGAACGACCCAAAUGAUCCAAAUGGAGCUGAUUUGGAAACUAAAAUAGAAUCUUUGAAAAACAGCAUUCGGAGAUCUGAAAUAGCCAAAGCCAAAGCUGAAUCUCGUAUUGAGUGUUUGAGAAAUGGAGAUGGAAAUGUUAAUGUAGAAGAAUGGCUAGCUGACAUGGGCGAUAUAAAUACCGAACUUCAACGAUCAAAUAGUACAUCUUCAUUACCAAUUGAUGGAGGAACAACUAGUGCAAUGACAUCUGACUACGAUAGUGAGGAUUACGGAGACGGGCCUUCAGAUAGUCCAGUACCAUCCGAUCAUCCACAGUCGUCGUCUCAAGAUGAAGAAGAUCGACCAGAUUCGGCUGAAAUCGAUAAAGAUUGGGCGCUUGUGGAAAAAGAACGUCAACGUAUUGAACAAUUAACAGCUGGUUGGGACGAUCCGACUCAGGUAAAUUGGGAAGAAACUCGUGACACUGAAGAAAAAACUAUGUACCCUCAAACUGCACCAGAAGAAUCUGAAGGCCCUGUUUACAAAUGUACUGCGUUAUACAGCUAUACUGGCCAACAUCCUGAUGAGUUAAGCAUCGUUGAAAAUGAGCAGCUUGAAGUGUUUAGUGUAGACAGUGAUAAUUACGGUUGGUCAAAAGCCAGAAAUUAUAAAGGUGAAGUAGGAUAUGUACCAUCUAAUUACCUGGAUAUCGAACAAGAAACGUGUGAUCCAGAAACACACGACACCCCUACCACAUACCAACUUAGAUCGCAGAUUAGUUUUUCCUCGGUGGACUAUAUGGUCAACGACGAAGCAGCCAGUCAAUCACAGCACUGUCAGUCUGAUGAAGACGUUGAAGCUGAAGAACAAUCAUCAGAAAAAAGCAUCACUACAGUGUGGGAAAAGAAAGACGGAGGUAUCAUAGAAGUACCGUCGUAUUGUAUAGCUUUAUUUGAUUAUGAUGGAAACGACCCAGAAGAACUGGGUAUGAAGGAAGGCCAAAUAAUUAAAGUGGUCGACAAGACUACACACGUAGACGAUGGGUGGUGGGUAGGUGAGUUGGGUAGCAAGAUGGGACAUUUCCCGUCGUGCCUAGUAAAAGAAUGUUACGAGAACGGUGAAUUAGUACCCACACCGACAUCUGAAAACGGAGACAGUGAUUUUUCGAAUGAAGAUCAUCCCGAGUUUGUAACAAGUGGUCCACCACCGCCACCACCACCAAUAUUUACACCACCCGAAGUACCAUCAACACAUUUGUUCCCGACUCAAGUGAUUGUCACCCAACCGACUCCAAUCGGUGAUCAUGGACCUCCUGGAAGUUUUGCUCCAGAAGUGCCACCCAAAUCGAAUGAAUUUUCAAUGGUGAUAACUCAAAAUCAACAAGAACAGUAUGACACUCAGUUUACGGAGGAGGAGGCUUCUGAUGUAGUACCGGUAAACGUGCCCGGUGUACCACAACUGUUUAUAGAAAACGAGGACGACUGCAGUUCAGGACCUCCCAACGCUCCCCCGCCACCGGCACCUGCACCCGCGUCCGACGGGCUGGGCGUCGCUCAAAUCGUCAUCACAGCUGCCACCCCAAUGAUGGAAGAACCGGAAAAGCCGUUCGGCGAAGAAGCGGCUACGGUUGAGUCCGAGACAGAAGCUGAACCAGCCAGUGCUGAGGUUCAAUCAGAAUCGAAAUCCGAAGAGGAGCACCGUAUGAGCGUGGAUAGUGAUUACUUCCCGGCCACAAUACCAGAAGAAUCUGAAGACGAUUUGAAGUUGCUUGAGACCGAUCAUCAUGCUGACACGGGUUUGCCGUCGGAGCUCGAACCCGGACAGCUGGCCAAACUUCACAAUCUCAAAGAGUCAAACGCUUAGAUACAUUUUUUUCAUCGUAUUAUUAUUUAUUUUUCAAGGUCAACUAUAUAUAUUGUUUUUAAGGCUCUACCUAUUAUAUAUUAAGUCUAAGUAUUCUUGUUUAUGUUGUUAUCGAUCGGUAGGUAUUCAAACCUAUAACACUUGCUAUAUAAUAUUAUAAAUUAAAUGCUUACGAUAUGAUAUAUGGAACACAUAAAACGAAAAUUAUGUGAUUGUAUAUUAUAGUGUUAAACGUUUCUAUUUUAGUAGUAAAAUGUUAACCGUAAAUAAUAUCAACUUUGAUUAAUACACGUAUCUUAAUAAAAGUAUUUAUUUCAAAUCAGAAGCACGUUUAGAGAUAAAAUUAAAGGUUGAUUUAUUCUUCGUAUAAUUCUUCUUGUUAAUAGUAUUAUUUUCAAUAGGGUAGAAAAUAAUUAUUACGAAUCUUAUAAUUUUUACAAGUGGCAAACGUGCCUAUUAUACUAUUAUGUGACAUUUAAAUAUUAAUAAACAUGUAUUUUCUAUUCUCAAUUUAAGUGUAUCUACCAACAUAUUGAUUCACCCCGGAGAAUAAAGAUUUGAUCAUAUUUUUGUCACAUUAAUCCAUAGCAUAAGUAGUCUGACUUGAUAGUUGGUAUUUCAACAAUAUAUUAUUGUGAAUCCAUUUUGGUAUUAAGUAUACACCUACUAUUCUACUAUUCUAAAAUGAUUGUGAAACUAACAUUUUUUAUCGAUACACAGUUGUCCACAAUAAUGUUGUAAUCAAUUAGAUAAUUAAUAAUGAGCUAUGGUUAUUUGAGACGACUACAACUAUAAUAAUGACUUUUGCAAUUUUACACUGGUAAUAGUAAUCAACUGACGGGGAAUAGAUUUAAAUGUAUAAUUAAUGAUUUAAAUGCUAAUCGACUCCAUUAUUUUAACAAAAGUAUUCGAUUAAUUGUGAAAUCUAUGACCCUCCGUUAUUCUUUUAAAUGGUUCAAGCCAGCAGUUUCGAUUUUUAAAAUCAAUUGUAUACACAAAUCAAAAGUUAUAGUUUUGUUUAAGACUAUUUCUCAGACCUGACCAAGAAUGAUCUUUUUAAAUGCCCCUAUACACAUUUGUUUUGAGCUAAUUUAAAUUCGCAGGUCUGGCCAUUACCAAAGUGGCCUAGACACGUAUACAAAUCUUUGAUGUCUCAAUUAUUUGAAAUCUUAUAUGUUAUGUAUGCAGACUGUCGUUUUAAAUUUUCAACAGCACCUACGCAAUCUCCCUAUACCUGUCUUUUUUUAUUUUCUAUAUGAUAUAUUUUAUAACUUGCCUGUUAUUGUUACGUUUUUGAAAUUAAUUUCAAAAUUAAACGAAUAACUUAAGCAUGGGAGUUAUUGAUAAAUGAUAAUUAUGUCUUAACGAGUAUCCAUCAUUAUACAAUGUGAGCAUAAUAUAUUAUUAUGUGUUUUAAUUACUUAUACCACUAAAACACCGAAUUAUUGUUUAUUCAUUUAAAAAAUGCCAAUUUUUAAUCGACGUUACAACAUAAUUUAGUACAUUAUUAUGUUUUAAUAUUUUACAAAUGUAUUUACAUGAUUACCAUAUUAUUUUAUUUGUUAAACAAUGAACUUGAUAAAUUAAUCUGAUUUAUAUUAAUGAAAUUUUACAAAUCAUAUUUAUAUCGAAAACAGCAGAGAUUCGGGUUCCCACAGUUUAAAACAAAACAUCUCCGUAACAUUCGCUAAACACUAUCUAAUCGAUGAUAUAUUGUAUCCACAGAAAACAUGUUCAGUGGUAGGUAUGCAAUAUUAAUCACUUUUACCUAUUAAUGAAUAUGUACUAUAAUAUUAUUGUUCCAAAAAAAAUUUUAGUCGAAUGGAAUGUUUGGGCUGCUUAUGUUUAAUCAAAUCAUUGCUCAACACGGACAGCGAAAUAGCUGGGCAUAGAGCGCCAAGAAUCGUAUUGAUUAUAUAUAUUCGAAUAAAUAAUAAUAUUAUUAGUUAUUGUUGUUAAAUAAUGUAAUGUUUGUAAUAUGUUAUUAUUAUUUGUUUUUCUUCUAAGUCGAAAUUAUUGUCUUAUCUAUCAUGACGACUACGAUUUAUAUUUUGUUCUAAAUAAUCUCGGUGAAAGCGAAUACGAUCUGCUUGUGUGACAUAAAUAG